GCAACAUAAAGUUCCCCAGAGCAGCUAAGGCAGGAAAUGAGGAAUUAAACAGCCAAACAAAACCCGUGGGAGGAAAAACUGCAGUCAUGUCUACCUCCAGAUAAUCUCAGAGGUUUAUCAUUUGAAGUCUUGAACUCCCUUCUGAAGUCAGAUAAUUAUGCCUGGAAUUUCUCCAUUAACAAUUAUAGCAAAACCAAGUACCUCUUUGUAAGCUUUUCUAAACAGCUGCACCAUUUCCUUUUUGCCAUUUCUUCUUUAGCACAGGAAAAUUAGAGCCCGCAAGUUCCUCUCUACCCCCACUUCCACUCGGCCUUUGCUUUCUGAAUCUGAAUGUAACAGAGACUCUUAUUGGGCAUGAUGGAUAUGAAAACAAUGGCAUGCACUGAAAUCUGAACCCAUGCCAAGUUCCCAUUUUGUGUGGGGCAUUGAAAAGCCUAGGACAAUGAAAAAUCCUGGAUAUUUUUUCAGCCAUUUUCUGAGUAAGGAAAGAGAUACUUGGGUCUUAUUGCCUAAUACAACAAGGAUUUAUUAUUGAGUAUUAAAUAGGCAAGAAAACAAUCAACUGUCCCUUUUCAGAAUGAAGGAAAGAAAAACGUUUCUAGGUCCUCUUCAUUAUCAAGCAACUUCUCUCCACGUGUUAUGAAUUGACACCAGAAAGAGCUGAAACAUCAUAUCUGAACCUCUCCCUGUCGUGUUCCUUCAGAUGACUUUUCAGGGCUUCCUCCUUGCAUUUUGCGAUCUCCCAGAAGAGCUAAUUGAACAAACCAGCUGGGGACUCGUCCGGGAUUGCCGCGCCUGAAGAGGACACCAGGACUGGGACGGCCACCCACCCUGGGACCUCCGGGACAGCUGGCUACCAGGACCCGAGGAGAUCAGCUCAGGAUCAGUGACACUGUUGAGCGCCGGAUUGGUGAGAAAAUUCCGGCGGCGGGUGUGGGGGCGUGUGAGUGGUGUGUGAAUGAGAUGAGGACUGGCUAGUUCCAGAUCUUCGAAGUGAGUGGGACCUCCCAGUACGGUGGUUUCGGACUCCCGCGAGGGGGCCGGCCGGGAACAGAGGGAAGCGUGUGGAAUAAGUGUGAGUGAGAGCCUCCAAAGGGAGAGUCAGGGUCCCCCCUCUCCGGGCGUGCAGAGGAAUUUUGGGUGAGUGGCACGCACAGAUCUCAGCGAAGGAGGCUGGGGUUUGUUUUAAGUCCUGACGAAGGAAGUCAGGCACAAAUCUUGGCGAGGGAAGCCAGGGUUUGUUUUAAGUCCUGACGAAGGAAGUCAGGCAGAUUGUCUUGAGAAGGAUUCGAGCAAGCUCAAAGCCCUGCAGGCAAACUUAAGUCCUGACGAAGGAGGUCAGGCCUCGGCGAAGGAGGCCGGGUUUUAAGUCCUGAUACAUAGAGAAAUCAGGCAGUUGUUUUUCCUGACGAAGGAGGUCAGGUAAAGUCCUGAGCUUCAGGCAAAUUUGGAGGCUGGAACUCCUCAAAUAGGUACCUUCUGGUGGAUUUCUCUUCAAGAAGAGACACCUUUGUGAGUUUUUGUGUUGAGACCUGAAAAAAAAUGGGAGGAUGGAAUAGCAAGAAGACAGGCAAGAAGCUGAGGAAUAUACCUCCCCAUAGUCCUUUAGGGGAACUGUUGGAGAGAUGGGAUUCUAUAGAGGCCACGAAGGGAUUAGAUCAGGUUAAGAUGAUCUAUUACUGUGUAGAAGUCUGGCCAGAAUUAGAGAUGCAGGGAAGAUGGCCUUGGUGUGGGACAAGGGACAAGUGUAUGUGUCAGCAACUGAGUCAAUAUCUGAGAGCUCAAGGGGAUACCAAUCCCGAGCAAUUAUUGUAUGCAGCUUGUUGGUUAAAGAAUGCUAUUGGGGAUGAGGGUGUGCAGAUUUGUAAAGCGCAGAGGAAGAAGGAGGGCAAUGAAGAAGGGAAUGGUGGAAUUAGUAAAAGAUGGGACCCCCUAGAUUAUUUGCCUUCUGAUGCCCCUCCACCUUAUAAUCCUUUUCCUCUGGCAUCUCAAAGGGCAGAUCCGGCCUUUCCCCCAGCUGCUAUCUCAUUACCAUCUCCUGUAAUUCCUUCUUCUACCCCUUUGACUUCCCCUACGGCAGACCCAGCAUCUCCCAUGGUAACCAUUCCCUCACCACCCCCUUCAGCUCCCUCAGUUCCUUCUGCACCACAAGUGCCUACUCCACCUGCUGCAUUCUCCACCUCUCCUCAAGCUCUGAUUAAUAUGCACUCAGGCUCUGCUCCCCCUGCAAAUGCUGUCCCUUUACCUCCUCCUAGCUGGGACACAAACGCCUCCUUGCCUGAUAAGCCGUUAUCACCGAAUACACCUGGUGACCUGCAGGGGAAUCCUGAUGUCUCUCAGAUUGGUAGUUCAGUGUCUGAGGAUGGGCCAUACUGCAAUACCCGAUCUAAGACCUCCAAGGUAGAGAAAUUUUUCCCCUCAGAGAAGUUCCUAUGGGAGGGGUAGCAGGAGGUGUUGGCUUUGUGAACGCUCCUCUAACUGCUUCUGAGGUGAGAGGAUUCAAGAAGGAGUUAGGACAUUUAGUUGAGGACCCAGUAGGCAUAGCUAACCAAGUGGAUCAAUUCUUAGGUCCAAAUAUCUACACUUGGGGGGAGAUGAAUUCCAUUCUGAAUAUAUUAUUCUCCCCAGAAGAGGUCCAGAUGAUUAGGGUGGCUGGAAUAAGAAUUUGGGAGAAAGAUAACCGUCCCGGACCCCAGGUGCCAUCAGGGGAACAGAAAUUGCCACUAACGGAUCCCAAGUGGAACCCUAAUCAGGAGGAGGGGAGGAAGGCCAUGAUGGAAUAUAGGUCUUUGAUAAUUCGAGGGAUCAAAGAGUCGGUUCCCAAAGGAACUAAUAACAAAUUGGCAUUUGAGGGUGCUCAAGAGAAGGAUGAAACUCCUGCUACUUGGCUUAAUCGCCUAAAGCGGAAUUUCCAGUUGUAUUCCAAAAUAGACCCAGACACCACAGAAGGUCAAGUGUUACUGAAGGUCCAGUUUGUUACCAAAUCUUGGCCUGAUAUACGAAGAAAACUGGAAAAGAUUGAAGAUUGGCAAGAGAAGGACAUUAAUGAGUUACUAAGAGAAGCAUUAAAGGUGUAUUUAAGGAGGGAUGAAGAAAGAGCAAAGGCCAAAGCCAGGAUCAUGGUUGCGGUAGCUAGAGAAAGUGUAGGGGCAAACUACUCUAUCCCACGAUCCGAGGGUCCACCACCAGGAGGAAGCAAAGAUUGGGCAGUACGGUCAGGUGCAAGCAGAAUAGAGAGACCUCAAAUCAGGUGCUGCUAUUAUUGCGGAGGGAUAGGUCAUAUAAGGAGGUUUUGUAGAAAGCUCAGUACUGAUGAGGCAAUAGCCAGGGAACAAGAUGACUUAGGGAGGAUUCUUAGGGGUGAUUAUUAAAGGUGUCAAGAGCUCUAUAUUUUAGGGGACCCCAUGCAACAUUUAGAAGAUCCCUUGGUAUACUUUAGGAGACCCCUAAAUGAAGGAUUUAAAUUUGUGGUAGAUACAAGAGCACAUUAAGCCUGUCUUAACAAUGUAGCAGAAGAUAUAGUGCUAUGCACGAAGACAUCUAGGGUUAGACAAAACAGCUGGGUGAAGAGAUAUCCAGUAGCACCAGGAUUGGGCAGUAACACCUAAAUUUGUAAUAAGUGACGUGAGAUCAAAAGGUACCUUAUGGUUUUCUUGUAGUGUGUGUGAGAGUGAAGUCACACAAAGUCGACCUCAACUUCCCGGGCGGGUGGGAAGUGAGGGGCACUGGAAAGAGUGCAUGACCCGAAAACCAGGUUUUAGUCCCUGGGCAGGUGAGGGCUUUAGCCAAAGAGUGUGUGUGACCUGCAGAGAUAAUUGAGUGAAUGUAGAUGAAUGAAAGUACAGGUAAUGUGGAAAGAUGAAAAAAAAAAAAAGAAAAAGAAAAAGAGAAAAAAAGAGAAAAAGGCAUACCAGAAGGGAACUCCCUAAACACUAUCUUGGAGUUUGUCAGCUAACAGAAAUAAAUAUGGCUCCUUGCAAAUUACAGGGUAUGAAAAAGUUGAGAGAAACAAUGCAAGCUAUAGAAAAAAAAAAAAAAAAAGAAAUUAACCAAUUUUAUAUAACACUAACCCAAGCGAUUUGAGUUUUAAAGAAAUAAUUAAUGCUUAUACUUGCAAGCUCCUUUAAGGUACUCAUGGCUAAUUCAACUGUGCAGACCAGAAGAAAGAGUUGGACCCACUACACCAGAUCCUGCACCACUCUCCCUUCCUGGCAUUGGUUCACCUUCUGGCAUUGGGCCAGAAACCACACCACUCCCAUCCUCUAGCAUUGGGCCAGAAUCUGCACUCUGUCUUCUUCUGGUAUUGGACCUGGAUUCAACACCACUGUCUUCCUCUGGGGUUGGACCAAGAUUCAACACCACUUUUGCACCUUCUGGCAUUGGACCAAGAUUCAAGAUCAGCUUCUCCCUCUGGCAUUGGGCCAGAAUCCACACCACAGUCUUCCUCUGGUAUUGGACCAGGAUUCACCUUCUCCCUCUCACCUUCUAGCAUUGGACUAGAUUCCAGAUGACUCACCCCCUAACUCAGGACAGGAGUCAACCACAUCACAAGUUAAUUCACCAGGGUAUACUGUUACAAAAGGACUAAAAGACUUAAAAUUGACUCUCAGAAGGAAGCGUCAAAAAAGCUGAACUGUAUGAGGAAAUAGAUUGGUAUCAGAAUCAUAACAAAUCUUAAAGUGUUUUCAAAAUUUCUGUGUUUGAAAAAAGGUUGCAAAAAGUUAGGGCUGUUAAUGAGAAAUUUCAGUUAAGUUCCCCCAAAUUAGGACCAAAGACACCAGGUCAGUCCUCUACAGAGUACCCUCCCAGGGACAGACCAAAUUAGUAAGGACAGACCAAGAGAGGUUUAACCAGAGGAAUGGGUAAAAGGGACUCUAAAAGGGCUGGAAAAACCCCAAGAGGCAAGGCCGGGUGGGCAGGCUGUGUAAGAUGACCCAUACCGGAUUCUUGGGAAGGGUAGUAAUGAUGGAUUUCAUUCCUGGUGGUGCUCAGGGGAGCCCAGGAGAGCCAUGCAGUAAAUGCUACCAACUCCUCUAGGAGGAAGAAAUAAGUUCCUUGUUGAGAGUCCACACCAGCUUUAACCCUGAUUGUGUUAACCUCUCCCAACUGGUCUUUUUGUCAAAAAGGAUGAGAAAAUGUAUUGGCCCAGAAUACCACCACUUUAAGCAGAUACUCCUUGGAGGAUGCCCUGUAGGAGAAGCCUGGUUGCACUUUGAACGUGAUGCUACUAAGGCAAGCCUGGUAAAUUCUAUGCUCAUAAUUUAAAAAUUGUAAGUUGAUGUGAGCUUAAGUUAAAGCUCGAUCAAAGAAAAAGAGGGGGGAACUGUGAUGAACAAAAAAAGGGUUACCCAUUUUUUUUUCCAAAAGUAGAAUUACAAGUUUAACCAGUUCUGGUAGAGGAGUGCUUUUGUUAGCUGCUUGUCAAAUCACCUGUUAAAUAUUGGGUCUUUAGCCAUCUAUGGUUGAGAAUUCACUCUAUUGUAUCAACAUCACUCUGCUUGUGGCCAGGCGGGAGGAUGGCAUUCCCCCCCCCCCACAUGGUAGAGGGGAGGGAACCAGGAGUUGAUAUGCAGAUAAGUUUAAAGCCAAAAUGCAGUGGGGCAAGCCCCUAUUCCAAACGCAAUUAAUAAACCCCUAAACCAGCGAGCCAAUAUGGAAUUCAGAGAUCAAAGUGGUCUCUAGACAUCAGGGGUGAGGUGAGAAGCCAGCAGAGACUCUGAAAACCUUAAUGGCCCCUCACCACAACUUAAGAAGAUGUUGGUUAGAGCCAAGACCUGAGUCUGCCAACUCAAAAUUGGGAUCCUGGGGGUGUAUACCCCUGCCUGCUCUCGUGCGGCUGGACCCCCAGUUCUGUCCCCUGGUGGACAAGGCUGCAUUUGCCUCCUCCUCUGCGUCACUCCAGGGAGCUGCAUCCAGGCCUCCCAGCCUUAAGCUGAUCACUUUUAAUAAAGGCAUCAAAAAGGGAGAAAUAUCUCCUGCCCUGUUUAUUUCAGUGGAAUUACAAGAACCAAGUAUUUUUAAAGUGCUGACAAAAAAUAACCAAAUUAACCACCCAACACCCCAAGAAACAAACAAACAAACAAACAAACAAAAACACAAAAACAGACUAAAAAGCAAAACAAGAAAUCACACAAAACAAACCAAACACCAAACAAAAACAAAUCUACUUUUCUAUACCCAGACUGAGGAUAUUAGUACUCUUUUGAGCUCUGCAUAAAAUCAAAGAUUGGCAUAACUAAAAGGUAUGCGCAUCAAUUAUACUUAAUUGACUGUUUACAUUGUUCAUGUUUCUCUUACAUUAGGCACUUGACAAAGCUUUUAAAACCCUGUUGCACUGUAUUAUCUGAAGCUGUCCAACUGACUCUCCUGAUGCAGGAUAGAGGUCUCCUGGAUAAUAUAUUCUGCUUCAGAAAAGAGUCAGCAUCUCAGUCAUAGUGUAGGUAGUUUAUUAUUAUUUUCCACUUAAGGGGAUGAUCUGCUUUAAGGUUGUGCUCACCUUAGCAAGCUAGAGGACUUUUUUAUAGGAAAAAAAUUAAUGCUGAGACACCUCUGUCAUCCUACAUGCCUUUCAGGGGUUUACCCCAGGUUCUACUGUGGUUCUAAUUACUGAAUGACCACCAGUAGCUGGAGCCCAACAGGUGAAUUUCCAGAAUACAUGUGUCCUGUGGAAUCAUAUAUGUGGGCAGAAGUUUUCAGGUUGUCAUUCACAGUGUGAACUAAAGCAUGAUAAGAGGGGACACUUGUCACCGACAUGUUUUAUGAAAGAAACCUUUCCUUAGGAUUUUUUCCCUCCUAAGAAGCUGAGAGGCCUCAAGAACAAAAUGUAAACAAUUCUUAUCUGCUGCUGUGGAAUGCAACAGAUGGAUCUGUGAUUGGUCUCAUCUAGUUGUUUCUAAUUAAUAGCCAAUCACAGUCCAGCUGUCCAGACUGUCUUGGUCAGAGACAAACCUUUGUUAAUGAUUCCUUUUCUAUUCUUAGCUAGCUUUCUGCUGAAAUCUUUUCUUCUAUUCUUUUAGUAUAGUUUUAAUAUAUCAUAUAUCAUAAAAUAAUAAAUCAAGCCUUCUGAAACAUGGAGUCAACUUUCUUGUCUCUUCCCUCAUCCUGGGACCCCUGCAAACACUGUCACAGGCACUUAAGAGUUUUGUUUCAGAAGUUCACUCCUCCUAAGAGCAAAAUUGCUCAGAAAAGUGGAAGUUUCUAAAGCCAUUAAUGGUUAAUUGUCAUCCUGUAACAGGCAUUUGAUUUGCUCAAACAUAGCUUCAAUGUCUAAACCCUCUCUUUUUCUUUAUUUACAUUAUAUAUACUCCCUCAUCUAGACCAAGUUAAAAAUCACUAAAAUUAUAACAAAAAAAGGUCUUUGCAUCUUAAAGAAAGAUCAUUUUGGUCCUGUCAUAAAAGCAUCAAAGAAAUACUACUAGGUUUUAAGAUUUAAUUUCAAAACCUUUAUGUAUGUAACAUAACCAAUACAUCAAAAUUGUUUGUAUAUAUUUUUCAGUAAGGAUUUCAUACUGAUGCCUUGAGAGGCUGACCUAGAAUAGAGACUAGACAGAGCUAAAGGAAUAAAGUAGGUAUUUAUUAAAAAGCCAGACAAGGAUAGACCUUGGGCAGCAAAAGAGCCUGGCCUGGGCUUUGCUGAAGAUGGGCCCAAGAUGGUCACAAGAUGAAUGACCAGUCACAAGGUUUCACAAUUUAAUAAGUUUUGGUCCAUUUACCUGUUGGGGUUAACUGUCCAAUUACAGCUUCAGGUUAUGAAGUCACAUCCUACUGGUUUGCUUUCUUCAAUUUGCUGUUUAUGCUUCUGGGCUUGAGGAUUUAAUAGUUGUCCUUGGUUCUCAAUAUGGAAAAGGAUUUUUUUGUCUAACUACCCUAUGGAGAGAACUUACCAACACUUUAUAUGAAAUUCAGAGUUAGACACUAAAGCAGUACAGACUCUGAAAAAUAUGAAAGCUAAAACUUAAGGCAUCAAU